GCGGUGACAGCAGCAGAGCAGCAGCAUCAUCCGUGCGCCACCGAUCCUUCAGCACCCGCACCCAGCUCCGAACCAUGGAGGAGAUCAACAACAUCCAAGUGGUCCCGUGCACAGACUCCGACUACCUGAAGCCUCUCACGGUGCACUACAACCAGAAUGGCACAAAGAAAUCCUGGGACUACAUGCGGACCCACGACAGUGUAUCAGUGCUGAUCUUCAACACCACCUCACACUGUUUUGUCCUUGUCAAACAAUUUCGCCCAGCUGUGUACAUGUGCGAGUGGGAAAGAGGCAAGUCCCAGUCGGCCAAAGCAGCAGCAGCCGCAGCAGCAGAGAAGAAAGAGGAGGGGGAAGCUGAGGCGUCUGAAGCCCAGGAGGGGGCUUCCAGUGCUGGGGAGGGCAGCUCUGAGUGGCCUCCUGCCUGUGCGGGGGUCACCUACGAGCUGUGUGCAGGCCUGGUGGACAAACCCGACCUGUCCCUGGAGGAAAUCGCUCGGCAGGAGGUCCUGGAGGAGUGUGGCUACGAUGUUCCUGCAUCCAAACUCAAGAAGAUCACUUCUUACAGGUCGGGCGUGGGUGUAACCGGCUCCAAGCAGACCAUGUUUUAUGCCGAAGUGUCCGAUGAUAACCGUGUGAGCGCUGGAGGAGGGGAGCCUAAAGAGGGAGAGCUGAUCGAGGUGGUCAAAAUCCCCCUACACGAAGCCAUGACAUUCGCCUACAAUGAGCGUAUACCCAAGACCAUGGGCGUCAUCUUUAGUUUUAUGUGGUUCCACAAUAACAUGGCCCCCAGGUAUAAGAUCUCCACUAACGUCUAACAGUAUUUAUUCUGUCCAUCUUUAUACCGUUUUAUGAAUCAAUGAAUCGAUGAAGAGCCAAUCACUGGUCUAGCACAUAUAUGUCCCCUUCACCACACUUUGUACUGUAAGGCUUUUGAAUACAGUUUGCAUCAGGAGACUACAACAAAUGUAACGUUUUUGAUUUUUAUUUUUAUUUUGGUAAUUAUGGCUUAAAGGUAGAAACUCAAAUUCAGUCUUAUAGAAGCACGAAAGGCACUGGUUAGUACCAUAAUUAUUUGAAAUUGAUCAUUCUGGGUUUUACUAUAUAAUGGAAUCUAGAGAAGCCGAUGACCAAUUCAUUCUGAUAAUAAUAAUAGUGUUUAUAGUGCACUAGGGUUGUUAAAAGUAUCGAAAAACUAAACGCAUAUCGAAACUACAGAGACUUAUUUGAGCAAGUAUUAAUGCUGUAAAAAAAUUAGGAAAAUUUGAGCUUUCUUGAACAGUUUUAGUAUGAUUUUAAGCUUUAUCAGAGCAAAUACCAGAGCAAAACCUCAUGCUAAAAUAAAGAAAGUACUAUUCAUUUAUAUUUGAAAAUUACAUUUUAUUACUAAAAAUGGAGCAUUUUUAAAUCUUCAUUGUAGUAUCGGUAAUUGAUAUUGAGUAUUGAGUGAAUUCCUUGAUAUCAAAAUUAAGUUUGUAAUAAUGAAAAAUAAUAAUAUCAAAAUUAAUGUUCAGAAAAAGCUUUAUAUAUUUAAUUUAUUUAUUCACCUUGGCUGGAGAUUUAAGGCUAAUAGCUGUCUACCGAUGUAUUAAGAAGUGUAAUUCACUAUUCAGAAUUCAGAAACGUUCAUAAAGUACAUACAAAGUUGAAUAAAAUUGAACAACUGACCUGAUUUUCCAGUUGUAACUUAUUGAUGUACAAUUAUCUCUAAAGUCUACAAUAUGAAGUGUGGUGCAGGGGCCUAUUUCCUAUCACACAUCUUUGUUCUGUCUUUUCUGUCAUAUGAAUAUUGCCAUAGCUUGUUUUAAUUUUAUUUGCUUAACUGAAUAAGCCAUUUGUAUUUAUUUGUAACUUGAAGGAAAUUGGAUUGGUUAGCUGUUUUUCCCUUAUCUGGGUUUGGGGCUAGCUCAAAGAGUAUCCUGGCUCUUGUGGCUAGAUUUUUAGGUUAUACAAAGCAACUAGCUGAAGUGAUUCUUUUUAAAAUGUAAAACCAGCAAUGCAAAAACCACAAACAAAAAAAAGUUUAAUUUUAAGUCCAUAUUGCACAAAACUCCCAUAGUAUUAUUAUUAUUAUCAACAUCCUACGAUUCAAGUACGGUUCUCUCCCACGAUCAUCUAUUUGAAACAGUCAUCUAUCUACUUUAUAAUGGCCUUUACUUUGAGAUUACUAACUAAACUAAGAUUUUUCUCAGGUCCAAACACAUAGUCCACGUUCAGGCUGCAUUUCUGAAUGUGAUGUGAACCAGCUGUAGGCAAUCCUGUGCUGUCAUUGUAUCUACUAAGGGCUUGUAGUUUCUAUAAUCAUAACAUAAACAUACAUUAAGUUCCUUAGUGUAGAUGGCAUUGGAAAUAUGCAACCGAGAAACAGCUAAAGCAUCGAAAUUCAUUUUGGCUACUACAGUAUUUAUCAAAAGAACUACAUUUAGUAUUCACUCUAGAGUAGUAGUCAUUCUGUGUGGGCAUUCUUGUGAAAAUUCUAGUAAAAAUAUUUGACCAUUAGCCUGUAUUUAGUCGAAGGUGCACUGCGUAACUUUUCUGUUUGUCUCUAUGGAGAUGUUAUUGCUUUGCCUGGAAUGUUUCAUGAUAUGACUUUAAACAUUUCCACCUAGCAUUUAUUCAUUACAGGUGUUUCUAUUGCUCAAAAACACUAUAGUUCCUUUUAGGGAUGUAACGAUAUCCAAAUCUCUCUGUACGAUAUUAUCAUCUCACGGUACGAUAUUUAUUGCAAUAUUUUGGACAGGCUGUUAUAACUGUAGAUUGACCACUUUUUUGCUUUUAAAAUACCUUGACAAGAUUUUGGUGUGAAUUAUUUCCAUCAUAAUCCCAAGAAUUCAAGUAAAAAACAUAUUUCUUCAUGAUGUUUGCACUGAAAUGAAUCACGGAAUAUGUAGUUUCCAAUGUUUAUAAGAUGUUGCUACUAUAAAACAACGCGUUUAAGCAAAGGAACUUGUAAUUUGAUAUAUUGUGACAGCCCACGAUAUUAUUUUGAGACGAUACGAUAUCAUAAUAUUUCGGUUAUUUUUACAUCCCUAGUUCCUUCUGUGAAUGGAGCGACUCUCCACAGAUCUGAACUGUAAUGUAGAGUAGUGCUGUAACCAAUGAUAGAGGUUUAACUUAUCCUGUAGAACAUUCUAGACAAAGCAAUAAUAUUUCCAUGGAGACAAGCAGGUGGCGAACUCUUCAUUAGAAAUGUUACGUGGUGCACCUUUAUGUUUGCAAUCAGUUUGACAAUCAAAACCGCAAAAAUAUGUUGGACUCUUGCCCAAAGUAGAAAAAAAAAAAGAAAAUUCAAAAACUUAGAAUUUCCAUUUUCAUUCGUUCAGCAUUUAUAGAUUUGUUUUUAUUUGACUAAUGUUGUAUGAUGUUGUACUUUUUUUUAGCACUUUGGCCUAAAUCUGAAAUGAAAUCACGUUAGCAUCCCGCAUCGCUAAAGCUAGUUGCAGACAUAUUUGUUUUAGAUAACGUUGCUUGAAUCAAACUCAACUUAUCCAUUUAUAUAGAAUAGUACUUUUAGAUUUUAAAUAUGACACCAGCUACUGUUCAACAUCAGCUGUGAAUUAUAGAAAACGCACAAAAUUUAUUCUUCUAAACCUACAGCGCCAAUGCUAACUGUGUUUUUAGGGCCUUGGACGAAGUACAUAAUAUGAAAUAGUGCAAUAAUUAUGCAUGGAAUUAACUACUAUGCGCCCGCUUAAACCUAUUAUUAAAAUCCUGUAUAAAAUAAAACUCAAAAUAAGCAUUUGUAGCUUGUAAUCUAUAGUGCCAAUAUUUUAAAAUUGUGUAAUCAAACCUAUACAUUGAUAUAUGGUCUGGAACUGGUGCUCAAAUUAAGGUAUUAGGAAUUAACAUUAAAAUACUUGAUUAUGUCUUGCUUUUUGUGCCACAUUUUUCUAUGAAUGAAGCUAUAGUCUUAUCUAUUUUUUCCAGUUAUAUGUUUAGGAACUUAUAAAAUAAAAGGGUUGUCAAAAACUAUCGGAACUUGGAUACUAAUCGAUAGUAAAACUAGUAUAGAAACUAUAUAUUUGAGCAGGUAUUGAUACUAAAAAGUCACAUUCAUUGGACCGAAAUUAACCUUUUUUGAAUAGUUUAAGAAUGAUCUUGAGCUGUAUCAGGACACAUAGACUCGUAUACGCCCAUGGACGACUGAGGGAUUACACAGAUACAAGGCCACAUGAUAUUAUAAAAGAAAGUACAAUUUAAUGUAAAAAAUCACAUUCUGUUAUCUAAAUAAAGUGUUUUUUGUUAUCAUUGUGGUAUUGGAAUCAGUUUUGAGUAUCAAGUCUAUUCCCUAGUUUCGAAAUUAUGUUAAAAAUCAAGACAUUUUAGUAUCGUGACAACACUAUCAGUCUUAAACUUUAUGCGCCAACUAGAGAGAGAUGCCACGUUCUGAUUUGCUGAAAGUGAUAUGGAGUCUCCAGUAGUUAGUCAGUUUUCAGUUGCGUAAUUUUCUUUCGUUGAAUUGUCAGUAGGCAUAAUAGCCUAAAAUGACAGUUUGCAGUGGCUGUUCGCGUGGCUCAGAGGAGUAACGCAUUUCUCGCUCUUGUAAAACAGGCUGGAUCUGGGCCAGACGAUCACAGAUUGUCAAAUGAAAUCAACACCAUUGUAGUCGUUCAGGUUAGGCUAGUUUUAACUUUUACUUAUUGUUCAAUGGCACUAAAUGAAUGAACAAGAGGAGGUUUGGUUGUGUACGUGCAACAUGUCAUUAGAAUCUGCUGUUGUUGCAGUUUACACACACGCAAGAUUUAACUACAAUGCCAUUUCCGCAGCCCUAUCUGUGAGUGAUCAAAAUCUGCAUCAAUGCCACAGCGAUUAACAAAUCAAGAUAAAAUAUUUGAACUUUUGAAUGGUAAACGUACUCAAAACUGUGCCUCUAAACUAAACAGGAAGCUGAACUCAAUGAGCAGCAUCCAUAGACUGUAUAUAUAAAUGGACAUAUUAACCCGUUUUCCAAAUAGGAAGUGAGCAUGGGCAUGCUUCCGGCUCCAUCGACUGUUUCCAACUUACUUACAUUGAAAAAUUGCCACCACUUUCUUUAUAACUGCUGCAGUGAGCUUCAUCAUUUUGGUCUUAAAAUGUUCGUAUUAACCCGCUCUACAUGAUCCUGGUGUUUUUAUUUUGCUAUUUUCUCAGUAAAUAAAUUCCUAUUCCUAAUAUGGACCUGGAUCCGAAUUCGCUCCAAUAACGGCAAACCUCAGUGAGCUUCAUUUGACUGGAGUCGAACGCUGUUUGACGUAACACUCCCUCAGUCCACUUCUUUAUACAGUCUAUGGUAGCAUUACUAGCUAGCAACAUUAUAAGACAUUGCCACAACCUUGUAUGUAAUUAAAACAGGUUAUCAUUUCUGUCUUCAUUAAAUAUGCACCAUAAAUUCUCUUUUAAAUGGUGAAAGGUACUCAAAAUGGUGCCUAUAAACAGGAAGCUGAACCUGUGGAUAGCGACAUGAUUGCAUAGCUAAACGUUUGCUAUGUAAUCGAAACAGAUGAUCAUUAUUAUUCAUAUUUUCUACAUAAACCUUUAAAUUUUUUACACUUUUCGAACCACAAGUUAAAUUUCUGAAUAGUGAAAAGUCCUCAAAAUGGUGCCUAUAAACAGGAAGCUGAUCCUUUGAAUAGCUACAUGAGUACAUAGCUAAACAUAUGCUAUGUAAUCAAAACAGGUUAUCAUCAUUAUUAUUAUUAUUACUUCCUACAUAAACCUUUAAAUUUUUUACACAAUUAGAGCCACAAGUUAAGUUUUUGAAAAGUGAAAAGUCAUCAAAAUUGCACCUAUAAACAAGAAGCUAAACCUGUGAAUAGCGACACUAGCUAGCUACAUGUGUACAUAGCUAAACGUAUGCUGUGUAAUCAAAACAGGUUAUCAUUAUUAUUAAUAUUUUCUACAUAAACAUUUUAACUUUUUACACAAUUGAAUCACAAGUUAACUUUUAUAUAGUGAAAAGUCCUCAAAAUGGCGCCUAUAAACAGGAAGCUAAAUCCAUAUACAGUAUAGCAUCACUAGCUAGCAACAUGAGUGCAUUGCUAUGGCUGAAUAUGUAAUCCAAAUAUUAUAUUUUCUAUCUCAUAGUUGAGCAAGAGCUAUCAUGGUUGAAUACAUAUCUUAGCUAAAAUGUAUUGGUAAAACUACUGUCUUUUGAUAUUGAUUUGUAGUUUGGUUGUGCCACUAUAAAAAGCCAUACCCCCCUUAUGUUAAUACAGGAGAAAUGUCCAUGUUAAAGCCUAUGUCAUUGUUGUCCUUGCUGAUUUAAUGCUGAGCCCAGUUUGGACACUGCUACCUCCAUCUCUCAGGCACAUAAAUACAUACAAUUGUCCAUUUUUCACAUUUUAAAAUUUUGAAAAUGAACCGUCGUGGCCAUGCUGUAGAGACUUCUUUUGUGCCCAAUUUAUGACAUAUCUCUAUUCAAGGUGUAGUUAUGUGUAGAAUUCUAAAAAUGUACUAUUUCAAAUUGCACUGCGUACUUUAAGAAGAAAAGAAAUUGCUUUUAUAUCUCCAAGGUUGAAAUUCUUUUCGUUAUAGCAUGCAGCCAACCAGCAGAUGAAUUAAAGCUUUCAAAAUAAAGUUCAAAUUAAAUAUCAGUAUCAGUAAAAAUAUAAUAUAAUAAGUAUUUUUUUAAUCAAUUUUGAACUAACUUAAAUUAUAAUUUAUGCUACAAAUGAUAAAUUUUACCACAAAUCUAGUCUUUGGCUUAAAAAAAAUAAGUAAAACUAUGGAAAAUAUAUUUGAAAAAUAAAUAAAUCAGAACAGAAAAAAUGGUCUGUUUUGGCUGUGAUAAUCCAUAGCAGUUCAACAGAAUAGUCUAAUAGGAUUUCUACACAUAAUACCUGGAAAAAAAAAAAAUACUGUAAAAGCAUUAAUAUGUUUGUGAUUUAAUUUAUCUGUGUCUUAUGAUGAUUUUAUUUUUUAUAUUUUUGAAAACGUUUUGAAAUCUUUUGCGAAUCUUUGUUUUAAAUUUGUGUAAACCGAUUGUGGGCAGUGUUUUAGUAUCGUCUAUAUUUAUUUAUUACAUGUCAACAUUCGACUUUCAUGACAAACAUUUACACAUUUGCAGUAGUUCCAUAUGAUAAUUUGCAUGUGCACUGUCUGUGUUGGAUUAAACUACAUUACGUUUCAAUAAAAAGGGGUCAAAAGCCCAAAAUGAAAAAUCGA